AUGUCAGAAGCAUUGAUGACAAUUAAUUUGGAGCCAAAUUGCAUGACAUCUCUCAUGAGGAUUAUGAGUGCCGCCAGAAAUGGAGAGGUUUGGGCCCUUAAGUUCUUUGAGGCACAGCCCCGACCCCCAUCAGGAAUGGUAGAAAUGAGUGUAGCCAUAUUUGGUAAUUACGACGAGUGUGUGAAUAUUGAAAGUCCCGAUGAAGAAGAUAAACCUAAAAUCUAUGGACAAUACUGUGGAAUGAAUAUCAGGGACAAUAUGGAUAUAAGUCCCCAUUCAGUGCCCCGGGAAUAUCUGGAAAACAUUGGCCAGAAGUUGCCUCAAAACACUGCUUUCAAUUACAAAAACUAUUUCAAUCAAUUCUUUGGGAACUACAGGAAAGUUAUCUAUCGUAUGACACCCAAUGAUCUCGCGGAAGGCAUUGAGUUGAUUGAUAACCAGCUGUAUGAUAACAUAAGACUAAUGAACGGACUUUGUUUGCCCACAACUUGUAAGGCUAGCGAUGUGUCCGCAGCCCUCACCGAAUUCUCGUAUCCAAUUACUCGACUUCCGAUCAUUUUAGACGACGACUGCGAUUAUUUGGAAAAACCUAUUAAACUCAAUAAAUAUCAAAUAGUCUCAGUGUAUUAA